UUUUUCGGCCAUUUAUGGCAGUGGGCGAGACUUCGGCAAAAUGAAGGGGCUUCUGGUACUGAUUUCGACGGUGGCGUUCGCGUCAUCCACACCAACAUUUGGGCUCCUUAACGCACUUGGUGGUGGCGCUGGAGGCAAUGUUCUUGGAUCAGUGCCCGGAGCGGCCGGAGGACUACCAGGAGUCGGUGCUAGAGGAGGAGGUCUUCCCGGACUCGGUGCUGUGGGAGACCUAUCCAAAUACCGCAUCCAAAUCAUCUCCGCACUCAAAGGCGCUAAAGAAGACCGAUGGGCAGGUUCCUUCAAGAGAUCUUCCAAGAACUCUGACAGCGAAUAUGACAACAGCUCGAACAGGAGAUCAAACUCUAACGAUGAGUCUGACAGCUCAAACAGCAAUUCCUCUAACAAUGAGGAGUUCGACAGCAACUCUAACAGGAGAUCUAACUCCAACGAUGAUGAAUCUAGCAACUCUAACAGACGAUCCAACUCCAACGAUGAGGAGACUAACAGCGCCAACAGGAAAUCUUACUCUAGCAAUGAUGAAUCUAACAGCUCAAACAGACGAUCCAGCUCAGAAAAUGAUGAAUCUAGUAGCUCAAACAGGAAAUCUAACUCCAGAAAUGAUGAAUCUAAUAGCUCAAACAGACGAUCCAGCUCAGAAAAUGAUGAAUCUAGCAACUCUAAUAGGAAAUCCAACUCAAAUGAUGAUGAAUCUAGCAACUCUAACAGGAACUACAACUCAAAUGAUGAUGAAUCUAGCAACUCUAACAGGAAAUCCAGCUCAAAUGAUGAUGAAUCUAGCAACUCUAACAGGAAAUCCAACUCAAAUGAUGAUGAAUCUAGCAACUCUAAUAGGAAAUCCAACUCAAAUGAUGAUGAAUCUAGCAACUCUAACAGGAAAUCCAACUCAAAUGAUGAUGAAUCUAGCAACUCUAACAGGAAAUCCAACUCAAAUGAUGAUGAAUCUAGCAACUCUAAUAGGAAAUCCAACUCAAAUGAUGAUGAAUCUAGCAACUCUAACAGGAAAUCCAACUCAAAUGAUGAUAAAUCUAGCAACUCUAACAGGAAAUCCAACUCAAAUGAUGAUGAAUCUAGCAACUCUAACAGGAAAUCCAACUCAAAUGAUGAUGAAUCUAGCAACUCUAAUAGGAAAUCCAACUCAAAUGAUGAUGAAUCUAGCAACUCUAACAGGAAAUCCAACUCAAAUGAUGAUGAAUCUAGCAACUCUAACAGGAAAUCCAACUCAAAUGAUGAUGAAUCUAGCAACUCUAACAGGAAAUCCAACUCAAAUGAUUAUCAAUCUAGCAGCUCCAACAAAAAUUCUAACUCUAAUGGUAGCUCCAAUGGAUCUAACGACAACUCUAGCCAAGACUCCGACGAUGACAGUAAUUAGAUUAGAUUAGAUUAGAUAUAUUUAUUUCACAACAUGAUUACAGUACAAAUUACAUUUAUGUCAAUUUAUAAGAAUCUAUAUUGUGAUCGUCAAAAAAGUAAAAGAAAACGGUAUCAAUAUAA